AUGCUGGCUUCAAAGGAUGUCUUCUCACGGGCGGUUCUAUCAUUUUCCACCAACGGUGCCGACUUCUCCUCGAGGCUGAUUGAGUUCAUUCCGCAACAAUUGACCUCCUCGUCAUGGGUUCGGAUUCCCAUCCCUUAUCGCAUCGCCACAGUUGUGCAGAUCCGUCUAUACUUCCCAUCGAGUUCCGCCUGGCUUUUGCUGUCGGAGGUGCAUUUCGAUUCAACUGCUGCACGACUCGAUCUCAUCCACUUCGGCACAGACGAGGAGCAUUCUGAUAGUAUCACUUACUUCUCCAUCGACGAAUCCGAGGAAGGACGAAUUGGAAUAAUGAUACUCCUGUGUCUGCUAAGCUUGACUGUCGUCUUUCCGCUCAUCGUGAUCUGCUUCUAUAGGAAGCGAGACAAAAUCCGCACAGCUUCACCACCCCACGUUUACAACGGAGGUGUUUUUAAGUCGAUUUCACCUUCUACCUAUCAAAUGGCAAAAGAUAAUAUGGAGAAUGCUCUGCUCGAGAAAUGCCCUAUGAUCGUUAUCUCUUCUGACUACGCCGAGCCUGUCUUCUCUAGGUAUCUUAUCUUUACUACUUGA